AUGGCGAAACACUUCGACAAGUUGCCAACUGUAAUCAGUUGCUGUUUUUGCUGUUUCCUCAGAGCUGGCUCUGUAUUGAUCGCUAUCGUAUCAUUCUUUGCAGGUUUGAUGCUGGCUCCAAACGUGAGCCACACUCACGGCUUCUGGGACCUGCACGGUUUCGUGACGUCAUCAGCGACACCAGUGGAGACUGCUGCUCAGGUCAUCCUGGGCUUCGCUUCUAUAUUCCUCUGCGUUGUUAGCAUCUUCCUCCUCGUUGGUUCUUUGUGCAAUUUACCGAAGAUGCUCGAGAUUUACCAAUGGGGAGCUCUAGGCUACAGUGCCACCACGGUCGUCAUAUUCUUUAUCCUAUCGACCUACUGCUUCGCUGUCCAUGGCAACUGCCUUGUAGCUGGAAGCACUCUCCUUGUCAUGAUGAUUGUCAAUGUUCUUUUGACGGCAUAUUUCAUCAUUGUAGUGAACAGCUUGCGUAUGACGAUGAAUUAUCUGGCAGCCUCCAGCCAUAUCGAUAUUUAG